AAGGUAUUUAUUUUUUAGUUUUGUUCAUAAAUAGGUCAAAAUUAAUGUGAAUACACGCUGUUUUAAUUGUUUAAAUUCAUUAGAUCUAAAUCGAUGUCUAAUGUCAAUUUUUUUGCUACACGAUUUUGCAAAGAUCUGUUAAGACCUAACGUAACAUGGAAAAUGAAAAAUGUAAAAUAUCAGAUUAAUGAAUGAUAAAUAUGAAAUAGGUUACGUAUAGGUCUUAUAAUUAGGACUAUGUGCAACUGUAGUGAGUUAAAAUAAUUUUAGUAAUAAUCUAGGUCACUUAGGGUAAAAAAAAACUAAGUACGGGUAUUUUUUAUUUUUUUCUUCCAGUAAUUUAUUUUAUUUCUUUUAGUUAAUUACGUACAUAUUUUUGGGUUUAAAGUGACCUUGAUUAAGAAAUCUGUAUUUUGCAUACACUUAUGUUUAUUUUAUUUUAAAAAAAAAGGUGCGAUAUUGUAAGCGGAAGUAAGUAAGUGAGAUCACAAUUGCACUGCACUUAACCAACUUUAAGUACUGCAUGAGUUUAACAAAUUCUUUUUCUGGUGAAUAGUAGCUUAACCACAUAAAUCUCUCAGCCAUUUUGGAUAAAAUUUAAAGAAAAAAUUCAAAAAAUUGUAAGUUUCUUCAGCCAUUGUAAAAGAACCAAAAUAGACACUUGUCUCUUCCAUUAAGGUGUUUAUGGUAUUGUGUAUUGAUUGACCUACUUCUGUCCAAGGUUAACAGGUUUACAGUAGGGACUAUUUCAAGAUUAACUUUUCUGGAGGUGUGUUUUGUUUCUGUGUUCUGAUUGGUUGAAAACUGUCCUAGAUUUAUGUCUGACAUUGACAUUGGAUAUUUUGACAGCUGAUUUAGUUGGGAGAAUUUGGUGAAUUGAUAUUUAUUCAUUAAUUCACAGUAGUAGACCUAUUAUCUAUUGAUAAUAAAAAGCAUAUAAAUAAUUAUCAAUUAAAAGGUUGACAACUACACUUUGAAGUAUUUAUAAAAUAUUUGUUUAGAUAUUAAUAAUAUUUUUUCUUACAGCGGGAGCAUAUUUCCAUUGAAUAUAAACUUUCAUAAAAUUAUAACAGAUAAUUUUGUAUUUCCUUUGCAGAUAAAAAUAGUUUAAUAUUCUACAUUGGUUAAGAAUACAAUGUGACUUUGAUGUUUCACACUCAGUAAAUAUUUAUGAAUUAAUUGAUUAAUUAAAAAUAAAAUAUUUUAAUUAAUUAAUUUAUUCUUCAAAUGUAAACAAUUUGUUUGUUGAAUGAAAUUUAUAUUCAUUUAACAAUUUGAAGUCAAGUAAUUAAAAGUAUAUUGACUAGGAGGUUAUCAUAGCAUAUAUAUACACAUAAAGUGUACCAUACAAGACAACCAGUUGUGUUUAUUUCAUUCCCCCCCCCAGCAAUAAAACGUUAAAACACCCCUCCCCAUCUACUUUCAAUUAAACUAAAUAUUUAUCAUGAAUACUUUCUAAAAAGUUUUGACAGUAUUGAUGGUAUAAAAAGGGAUUCCAUGUGUUUGAGUUAUUAUUGCAAACAGAAAAUUGAUUGCAAUUAAUACUUAAGUAAACCAUGCACAAUUCAUUGUGUUGAUACUUGUUAUUGCAAACAAAUACAUUGAUUGCAAUAAAUAUUAAACUUUACGUAACAUUAUUACUGUAAUACUUUGUUACGGUAAUAAAUAAAUUGUUCGCAACAUAUACUUCGGUGUGCUGCAGCUUUCGUGUCUUUAUUUUAUACGGUAUUUUAAAAUACGCUGUGAACAUUUGUGAUUACAUGUUGUAAAUAUUUGAAAAUAUUCAAAUACUGAAAUAUAUCGGACAUUUAUGAAUGCAGUGUUAUGAAUAUUUGGAAAAGAGAGACUGGAUAAAUUUAUAUACACUGAAAUACUUAGUGUUUAAAUUUGUGGAUAUAUUCUUUAGAAGGAUUUCGUGACAACUGAAGUUAUUCUUCAGCAGUGAAUCCUCGCAACAUAUAUUAAAAGGAAAUAUAUAUAUUGAAAAUGACUUCAAAAGAAUCUAAAGCAAUGGAAGAAAAGGAUCGCAAACUUCUGGAAGCAUUUCAUGAACUAGAUGGAAGCGAAGGCAUUGAAACGAAGGAAGAUCUUUUAGCAUUUAUCAAGCACGUCGGGACAGGAUUAUCAGGAAUCAAACCUGGUGCUUCGGUACAUAUUCCAGAGACAACAUCUUCUAAAUUUCCACGCAUUUCAUUGUUUUAUGGAGAGAAAGGCAAAGGAGAAGUGGGCAAGUUAUUCAAUAUAGACAAGUCAAGAACUACUCCUUACCACGCCAUGGGCAAUGGAAUUUCCGAAAGAUACAAUAGAACACUUCUAGACAUGUUAGGCACCUUACAACUAGAUCAGAAGCCAGAUUGGAAGAAAUACCUGCCGACAUUAGUUUUUGCAUAUAACAGUACUAAGCAUGAGACCACAAAGUUUACACCCUAUGAAUUGAUGUUUGGAAGAAAGCCAAGGUUACCUAUAGAUUUUCUAUUUGAAACACCCACAAAUGAAAGUUCUAGCGAUUUGGCAGAUCCAAAAACAUAUGUAGAGGAAUUAAAGCAAAGAAUAAAAUCAACACAAGAAGCAGUUAAAAAGAUUUCUGAUCAAGCACGAUCCAAGCAAAAGCAUUAUUAUGAUCGCAAAGCAAAGGCAGCUCAAAUUAAAGUUGGAGACACUGUUCUGGUAAGAAUCCUAGCAUUUGAAGGAAAACAUAAAAUUGAAGACAAAUUUGAAAAGGAAGCUUGUAAGAUAAUAGGCCAACCCAACCCUGAUAUACCUGUAUUUGAUGUAAAAUCAGAAGAUGGUAGUGUAAGAAGACUACAUCGUAAUCAUUUAUAUCCAUUAGAGUUUCUGGAGAAAGAACCAGUUUCUGAAUCAAAUAAUGGAGAAGCCAUGAUUAAUGAUACUAGGGUCAUAGAGAAGAAAAAGAUAGAAGAUAAAAGAGAAUGUUUAAAUGAUGUCGACAUCAAUGACGAAGAAGACAGUAGUGGAGAUGAGAUUGUAUUACAUACAUUCAAAUCUGGGGACGCCUGGACUCCAAGUACUUACAGUAAAAAAUGGACAAGUUUACCAAAAAAGAAGACUACAGGUGAUGAUAAAAGUGAGGAUAUAACUAAGAAGAAAGUAAAUACAGAAAAAGAUCUAGAAAGAAAAGAUAAAGAUGAAUCUCAAAGCAGUCACACUGACAGCAAGAGUAAAGAUUUAGAGACAGAAUUAGAUUUAUGUGAAGAAAUAGAUUUAACCCAGGAAGAUGAAAGUUUUGAGAACAGUCUUAAAAAUACAGGUAUCAACACACAAGGAGAAAGUGAAAUUAAAGAUUCAGGGCCAAGAAAAUCAGAAAGGGUACGAAAAAAGCCGAAAUGGAUGUCAGAUUUUCAAACAUAUCAGAUGACCACAAGAUCUGUUGAUUCCAGACUGAAAGCUCUACAAAGCUUGUUUAAUUCAGGCAUUUUGGAUGACAUGAGCACAGAAAUUGCAGAGAAUAUGGUCAGUUCUGUAUGGAAACACUAAAUCUUGGAUGUUUUUAGUUAUGUGUAAAAAAUUGUUUUUAGUAUUAAUCUUUAUGUGCCUUAUAUUGUAUGUUUUAUAUUGCAGGAAUGCAAUUUUUGAAAGUGGGGAGGAAAAAGGAAGUAUAUUAAACAUCUCUUUAUUUUUUUCAGAGACCAGAAUAUCCAGGAAAUUGCUUUAUUAACAAAUGAGUCUUGUUUUUCAGAGUGUAGCCAGAAUUUGUUGGGAAAAGAAUUAUAUUUGAUAAAAAAAACUGAGUAUUGUAUUUAAUAUUGUAAUACAAUUUCUUUAUUACAGUUUUUAUGUGGUUAAAUUUAUUUUAUUCCACAGGGAUAUGUGUGCUGAAGUUUACCUGCUAUAAUCAUGAUUUUAUAUCAGGGUGACCUUUAUUGCCUUAAGGUGGUUCAGGCGUUUCUGAUAUUAAGGUGGUUCAGAUAGUUCGGUUAUUAAGGUGGUGUAACCAUUAUUUUUGGAAAAUGACAGGUGUCAUUUUAAACAGGCCAGGGGAGAAUGUAACAAGGUGUAUUUUUCGGGUAAUCUGUGUUUUGAGAUGUUCCCCAGCUUUCCUGUGUUUUUAUCCAUAUUGUUUAUGUAAGAGUGCUUUCCCCUUGACUUUGGCGGGAAUUUGUACGUGUCACGUGAAUCUCGUUUUCAUUUCGUUCAGUGCGUUGGUUGGUAGCCAUUGAGAGAGGAAGGUCUCUCUGUUCAGAAGUUAUGAUGUUUUUUACACUUUAACAUGUUUCUUUUUGGUUGGAAACAGUUCAUCUUUGUAUAAGCAGCACUCGGUGAGAUUCAUUUGUGUGGAUGAUGGCGUAUAUCUUAUUUGUGUAAAAGGGCUAAAGAUCCUACAGAUCUUGCCUACCUUGUUCACAUGCUUAUAUGAUUACGUAGACUGAUGGUUGGUUUACAAGAUGUACCGGUAUACUUUGUGAAUAUGUCAGAUGAACUGUUGUAAAUAAUGUAAAGAUUUGGUUUGUCAAUAAACUACAUAUGAUCGAACCUGAAGAGAAGAUUUUGUAUAUAUUGAUACCCCUGAAGAGAUACCCAAAAUUACAUAAUUAUAA